UUUCUCCAUCCAUUCAACACCCGAAAAGCAAACCUCUCUCUCUCUCUCUCUCUCUCCUUUUGGGUUCUUUCUGUAACACAAUUUGUUAUGUGUUUUAUUUAAGAACCAAGAAAAUUUGUAGCUGAAAAAUUAAAAGAAAGAAAAAGAAGGAUGGCACUUGAAGCUGUGAUCUAUCAACAAGACUUGUUUGGUCAUCCCAGCAGAGAACUGUACAACUUGCUUGGAGGAAAUUGGAGCUAUGAUCACUAUAGUCUGCUGGAAAGAGAAGAAGACAAAGCUGUCUACUCUUUUGAUAAUUUUCUCGAGAAACAAACAGAAAACUCUCUUCAUGGCGACUGGGGUAAUAACUCUUCUUCGUCACCUUCUAUGUUCCCUCACCACUUCAAUGAAAUGCUCCACAUAAACCCUUCUCCAGAUGCAGCUAACGUUGCUACUGGACUAACUAAUUCUACGACUACUACCACCACCACCACCACUACUACUGCUACUACUAUUACUUCUCCGGCUGCUAGUGAGUUAUUGCCUGAUCAUCAGCAUCAGUUGCUGGACUCACCAUCUAUUAUGCCAGCUGCUCGUGCCAAGAGACGUCGAUCCAGGAGUAGAAAGAACAAAGAAGAGAUAGAGAACCAAAGAAUGACUCACAUUGCUGUGGAACGCAACCGAAGAAAGCAAAUGAAUGAGUAUCUUUCCGUUCUUCGAUCUUUAAUGCCCGAGUCCUACGUUCAAAGGGGUGACCAAGCGUCAAUUAUCGGAGGUGCCAUUAAUUUUGUGAAGGAGCUGGAGCAGCGUUUGCAAUUACUUGGUGGUCAUAAGGAAAUAAAAGGAAAAUCUGAUCAUGGGGAGCAUCAUGCAUCUAAUAAUCCACUGCCAUUCUCCGAAUUCUUUACAUUCCCACAAUACUCGACCACUUCGACACGCUCUGAUAACUCAGUAGCAGCUGCGAAUGAGACAAUGAGCAGUGCGACCCAGUCUACCAUAGCCGAUAUAGAAGUGACAAUGGUAGAAAGUCAUGCAAACUUGAAAAUAAGAUCAAAAAGACGGCCCAAGCAGCUCUUGAAAGUUGUCUCUGGUUUGCAUACGUUGCGGCUUACUAUCCUUCACUUGAAUGUCACAACAACUGAGCAAAUCGUCCUAUACUGUCUUAGUGUCAAGGUAGAAGAUGACUGUAAGCUAAGUUCGGUUGAUGAGAUUGCAACAGCAGUGUAUCAGAUGCUAGGUAGGAUCCAACAAGACUACUCUGUGAUGAAUUGAGAAAAAGAAGAAAGAAAAAAGUUCAAUUUUUAAUUUUUGUAAUUGGAUUAUCUUUUUGAUCUUCUCUCUUAUUGCCUUCAUGUAUUACCUUAUGUGGGCAAUUCUUGAAUUUUUAGGCUGGACUGUCAGAAAAAAAAAACAAAAAAAACUCAUUUCAACUAA